AUGGCACCAAGAUUCUCUCAGCAAUCCAAAAGAAAUAAGACUCAGAACAAGACCCGUACGGUUGAGUCUGAAGUGUUUACUGAUAGUAAAGCUAGAAAUCAACUUGAAAAUCAGCCAAACUUGACCCCAAAAUCCAAGGUUAAAAAAUUAAGUAAAGCAGCAGUCAAGAAACAAAAUGCCAAAGCCAGAUUAUACGGGGCCAAGAGUGGGAAAGAAUAUAAGGAAAGUGAAUUAAGUAUUCCUAAUUUGAAUAAAGCAAUUAUACCUGGGGUUAAAGCCACUAAGGGUAAAAAAGGGAAGAAAUUUAUUGAAGAUAAUGAUUCAUUAACUUUGAAUAGAUUAGUUAAAUCGAUUAAUGAUAAGUAUGAUCAAGUAAAUGAAAGUAAAUUAGAAAAAUCUCGAAGAUUAGAAGAAUUAAGGGAUUUAAAGAGACAAGAAAUUGAAAGAAAAGAACAACAAAAGGUCAAUAAAUUAGAAGAUAAAAAAAGUGAAUUAAGAAGUAAAGCCUCAUUAGCAAGAUCAGUUAGAAGAAAGAAUGCUAAAGCAGCAAGAAAAGAUGAACCAACUGAUGAAAAGCCAAAAAAGAAGAGCGUUUCCUUUGCUUGA